AUUUACCUUUUGAGGGGGGUUCCACAUACACUCGCUGCUGGAUAUCAAUUUGAAAUUGACGAUGGAGAUGGACAGCUAGCUUGCAUAUAAAGACGAAAUGUUUAUCUUAGCUAUCAGUCACUUCUGGAACACGUAUCAUCAAAGAAACGUAGAAGGGGAUGAGAAUCAUGAAGCCAACCCGUCACCUGCUCCUGGUGCUUUGUCCCAUGGUGAUCCUGGGCUUCCUCUACUACUCCUCUGGGAGACUGCACCCCUGGGGCUGGGGACAUACAUCACUGUAUGACAAACAGGGAUUCUUGCUGAAGUUGGAUGGUAAUCUGCCUUUGGAGCUGAUGUACAAGUAUGGCAAUCUCAGCGAGGGAGUCUGCAAGCCUGGCUAUGCAGCUGCUAAGAUGACUGCCAUUUAUCCAAAGUUCACUAAACCAGCCCCCAUGUUCCUUGAUCCGAAUUUUAGACGAUUCACCAAAAUCAGCAAAUUCUUCCCACCCUUUGGAAUGAAAAUGCAAGAAAAGAUCAUAGAUAAUAUUCUGACAGCCACAAAGAGCUAUGGUCUGGAAGAUGAGCUGGACAGUCUGAGUUGUAAAAAGUGCAUAAUCAUGGGAAAUGGUGCUAUUCUGACCAACAAGUCUAUGGGUGCAAGGAUUGACGAGUACAAUGUGAUUGCAAGGUUAAACGAGGCCCCAGUGAGUGGCUAUGAGAAAGAUGUGGGCUCCCGGACCACUAUGCGUAUCACCUACCCAGAGGGAGCCAUCCAGAAGACUGAACGCUACGAACAGGACUCCCUCUUCGUUCUCUCUGCCUUCAAAGCUCUCGACUUCAAAUGGCUGCGGUCCAUGAUCUUUAAAGAGAGGCUGCAUAGUACAGAUGGGUUCUGGAAGUCUGUGGCCCAUCAUGUCCCCAGGGAGCCCAGUGAGAUGAGGAUCCUCAACCCUUACUUCAUCCAGGAGGCUGCCUUCAGGUUCAUUGGCCUGCCACACAACAAGGGACAGAUGGGGAGAGGGAAUAUUCCGACACUGGGGACUGUUGCCAUAACAAUGGCCCUCCAUAACUGUGAUGAGGUAGCCGUGGCUGGAUUUGGUUAUGACAUGAGUACCCCCCACGCUCCCCUACACUACUAUGAGAAGAUCAGGAUGGUGGCCAUCAAACAGUCCUGGACUCAUAACAUUUCUAAAGAGAAGGAGUUCCUGAUUAAGCUGGUGAAGGCCGGGGUUAUACAGGACUUGACCCAUGGGAUCUGUGGCUCAGGGUGCUGAUGACAACAUCCAGCCAAUCCCAGAUCGCAGAGAGAUAUGGAGGAGAAACACAGGGGCAUCAUUGUGACGUCCUGCUCUGUUCCCCUCAACCUAACCUUCACCGCUGGCUGAGGCAUACUGUUGUCAGGACAGAAGGCUGGUGAAGGGUUCUGAAGCGUUCCUAUCUCUGACAGAAGAUAACUGUGGUAGAUGGCAUCUUCACUGGACUUCAUUGGAGAGAUACACAACACUCUAGAAUACUCUAGAACAAAGGGAACUUGAACUCUGUUGAAUGCGGAGUUAUACUAUUCUAUUUUAUGAUUUGCUGCAGUGUGACAAUAGUUUGAAGUUUUAUUAGUCAUAUGUAUGGGAUAAACAUGGUAUACCGUCCAACUAAAUGCUUACUUGCAAGUUCUUUCUCGACAAUGCAACAACAAUAAUAAAUUAUAAAGAAUAUGAACAUAAAGUAAAUGGCUCAGUUGAAUAGAAUAUUUUUUUUUGUAUAAGUAUAAUACAGGAAGGCACAAUUUAUA